GUGACAGGGGCUGUGGAUGAGCCAAGAGAUGCUUGUCGGAGCUUGGUUAUGCUUCGUUACAACUAACUCAAAGCAUCCUGUGCAGGCCAUCCAUGGGACACGUGAUGUUCAGAGUGCUGCGUGGAAUUGCACCAGUGAGUUGACAUUGGAAACCUUGAGACAGCACAUCAACAUCUCCGGUUUCCGAGCAGCUCCCAUCAACACAAAGGUCGGCGCAGCACACUCAACAAAUACGACAAUAUUCGGAUAAAGCGAUUCGUCUGGGUACCCCGGUGACGACGGUGAUACCGACUUCCUCACGCAAGCGGAGUGCACUGCACUGUAGCCUCUGCUGACGCUUGAUGCGAUUGGCUCAUCGCA